CCUACUCUUCAAUAAAGAAUAUCUACUUUUUUCUCAAAAUCAUCAUGGUAUCAGAGCAAGGUUAGAGAUUUAAAAUUUAGGGUAUUUGCUAUUCUUUUUAUCGCUGCUCUCUGGACGUUGUUUGUGCACAACGUUCUCCUCUGUCAUCCCUAGUUUCCUGCAGCCGACCGCCUCCUUCCGCCUCUCACCUAUUCAUGUUCUCUCCGUCGCCUCUCCUUCCAGUCGACUUCGCACUCGCGUGUUCUCAGACGCGAGUUCGUUCCAUUGGCUUCCUCUUACAGCCCGUGCAUGAUGUCGCACAUCCUCACAUUUCCUCACCGACGCACACUGCAUGUUCCUCCCCAGCAUCCACUGGCGCGGCUCCGAAGGCGCCUUCCUAAGCGCAGAGUAGUGUGACGCAUCUUCCACCCUUGCGAUCUGACAUGUCAGCCUCUUCAUCCCUUCCCUCGGAUCGUGAUCUACACAUAGAUCGAUCUGUCAAUGCUGUGGAUUAGGAUUCGUGAACAGAGUGAGCAUAACAUCCUUCUGCUUCUCUUGCCCUAGUUUUGGUCUUGGAUUAGGUGCUUUGACUCCCAACUUUAGUUUCAGUUCAUCUUUGUUGUUGUUCACGUUGGGCUAUAGCAGCAACAUUAGGAGCUGUUCGUUGAAUCAAACAACAACCAAUCAACAACUUGGAGCCUCCAAACCAGCAACUUGGAGCAAACCUUUAGCUUCAACUCCCAACUUUAGCUUUGGCUCGUCUGCGUCGCUUCUUUGCUUCGUUAGCUAGUACUACACCUUUGUGCAGCCGUAGCCACACCUUGGUCUUCUUUUUGUACAAAACAGAGAAAUUGGUCUUCCUUCAACCUUAGCUCCUUUGACUUUUAUUUCACAAACUUUGGGAUAAAGUCUUAUGGCUAAAAAUAAGCCUUUUAUCGUGACGGAUGUUGUGCCUGUGAUGUCUAAAAUCAUAGACUAUAAGUUAAAUGGUUCAAACUAUUUGAAUUGGAGUAAGACUAUUCGUCUUUAUUUGCGAAGUAUUGACAAAGAUGGUCAUUUGACUGAUGACCCUCAAGAUGAUUCGAAGCAGACAUGGUUUAGAGAGGAUGCUCGCUUGUUCCUUUAUAUUCAGAAUUAAUCACUGUCAAUUUGUUAAAGAACUAAUAAAUUACUUAGAAUUUCUAUACUCUGGAAAAGGGAAUCACCCUCGCAUGUAUGAGGUUUGCAAAACAUUUUACCGUACGGAAAAACAAGAUCAACCUCUGAUCAAUUAUUUUAUGACAUUCACAAUUGAGGAGAUGAAAGUAAGGUGUAUCUUCCAUGAAAAUAAGGUGUAUCUUCUAUGAAAGUAACAUCAAUUGAGAUAAGAUAUUUGUUAAUACGGGGACAAUAACAUCUACUACUUCGUCAUCAGAUCAAGUCCCGAGCAAUUAUCUUUCUAUUGCAUUACGUAAGUGCACUUAUCCUACUUCUUCUUUUGUUUCUUAUAACGGCUUGUCGUCUUCCUCAUAUUCUUUUAUUGCUUCACUUGACUCUAUCUCUAUUCCUAAAACUGUCCGUAAUGCUACAUCUCAUCUUGGUUGGAAGGAUGCAAUGAUAGAGGAGAUGAAUGAUUUGGAUGAAGACUUGGUUGAUCUACUUUCUGGGAAACGAGCUAUUUGAUACAAAUGAGUAUUUGCAGUUAAGGUGAAUCCAGAUAGAUUGGUUGUCAGAUUAAAAGUCUGUCUUAUUGCUAAAGGUUAUACUCAAACCUAUGGUGUGGAUUAUUCUGACACUUUUUCUCCUAUCUCAAAGUUGACAUCUAUUCAAUUAUUUAUUUCAAUGGUUGCUACUCAUAAUUGACUUUUACAUCAACUUGAUAUCAAGAAUGCUUGUCUUCAUGGUGAUCUUUAGGAGGAGGUGUAUAUGGAGCAACAUCCUGGGUUUGUUGCUCGGGGGGAGUCAAGGAAAGUUUAUCGUCUUCGGAAAGGUUUGUAUGGUUUAAAACAAAGUCCUCGUGCUUGGUUUGAAAAUUUUAGUCAGGUUGUUGAAAAAUUUGGUAUGAUGAAGAGCAAGUUUGACCAUUCUAUGUUCUAUAAGUAGUCAAUAGCUGGUAUCAUUCUAUUAGUUGUGUAUGUGGAUGAUGUUGUUAUCAUUGGAAGUGAAACUACGGGAGUUUCAUAUAUUAAAUCUUUCAUUCAUACUCAAUUUCAUACGAAAGACUUGGUGCUGAAGUAUUUCUUAGGUGUUGAGAUUAUGAGGGGUAAAAAAGGUAUAUACCUAUCUUAGAGAAAAUAUGUUCUCAACUUAUUAACUGAGAUAGGAAAAUUGGGGGCAAAGCCUUGUAGUGCUCCAAUGACUCAGAACAUUCAUUUCACAAGAGAAGGGGAACUAUUUGAACAUCUUGAAAGAUAUCGAAGAUUAGUUGGGAAAUUGAAUUACCUUACUCGUUCGGAUAUUGCAUAACCAGUUAGUAUUGUAUAUCAUCUCCAACCAUUCAUCGUUGGGCAACAUUAGAAUAAAUUUUGUGUUACUUGAAGGCAGCACCCAGAUGAGGUAUCGUAUAUAAAAAUCAUGGGCACACUUAUAUUGAGUGUUUUUUGGAUGCAGAUUGGGCAUAUUCCAAAAUGGAUAGAAGAUCUACUUCAGGUUAUUGUAUCUUUGUUGGAGGAAAUUUAAUUUCAUGGAAGAGUAAGAAGCAAAAUGUUGUGUCACGAUCAAGUGCAGAGUCAGAAUACAGGGCUAUGACAGUCUCUGUGUGAGAUAAUGUAGAUAUGUCAACUCUUGAUUAAAGUAGGACUUAAAAUUUCAGUACUAGUAAAAUUGUGGUGUGAUAACUAAGUUGCUUUUCAUAUUGUAUCGAAUCCUAUGUUUCAUGAGCGAGUUAAGCACAUUGAAAUUGAUUGUCACUUUGUUCGUGAGAAAAUUCAACAAAAACUUGAUUUUUACAAGAUAUGUGAAGAUUGAAGAACAACACGGGGACAUAUUCACAAAAGUUCUAAGUGGAGUUCGGGUUGAUUAUCUUUGUAACAAGUUGAGUAUGAUUAAUAUCUAUGCUCCAACUUGAGGGGGAGUAUUAUAUAUAAUAGUUACCAUAUUUGUAUAUACUAUUUGUUACCAUAUUAUCUAUAUAUAUUAGGUAAUAUAUAUAGGUGAAUUAGGCAAAUUUAUCAAUUAGCCUAAUUAUAGUUUCCUAAGAUAGAUUGUAGUUUGUGUAUAAAUAUGUCUACUCUUCAAUAAAGAAGAUAUUCUUUUUUCUCAAAAUCAUCAGUGUAGUUUCAAGAAGAUGUCUAUUCUUACGUUCAACCACACCAUUUUGUGAUGGAGUAUCAAUAUAAGAGGUUUCAUCAAACAUGUCAUUUUAACUCAUAUGAGAUUGGAAUGAACCGGAUGUAUAUUCCUUGGCAUUAUCACUUCGUAAAGUACGAAUUGACGUAUUGAACUUGAUUUUAAUCUCAACACAGAAGACACAAAACAAAGAAAAUAACUCAGAACGAUUUUCCAUUAAAUAUAAUCAAGUUACACGAGAAUAAUCAUCCACAAAAGUUACAAAAUACCUAAAAUCAGGUUUAGACAAAAUAGGACAAGGACCUCAAAUAUUAGAAUGAACCAAUUCAAAAGGAAUAGUUGCACGUUUAUUUAUUCUAGGACUCGAAGUAAAACGAUGAUAUUUUGCAAACUGAUAUGACUCACAAUCUAAUGAAGACACCUUACCAUAUUGUGGACAAAGCUUUUUGAGCAAAGGGAGAGAUGUAAUUUCUACAACAUGUUUUCUCAUUAAUCGCAUGUCAUCCUUUGUUCUUUAUGGUGAGAUCCUUUACAAAAUCUUUUUUCCCUGUAAGCCGUUGUUUCUUGUUAAACCUAGGAUAUUUGGUAGCACUUGCUUUGUUUGAGAUGUUCAUCCGCAUAUCACUAAAUUAGAUCCUAAGUCUUUAAAGUAUAUCUUCCUUGGUUAUUCUUGUCUUCAGUAAGGUUAUAAGUGUUAUUGUUCUAGUAUUAACAAAUAUCUUGUCUCAAUUGAUGUUACUUUUAUGGGAGAUACACCUUAUUUUCUAUCCGCACCUAUUUCGACUUGUCAGAGGGAGGAUGAUGAUGAUUUGUUGAUAUAUUCUAUCACAUCCUCUACACUCGUCCCAUAACCGACUCUUGUCAAGCCUCCUAUUAUUUAAGUUUACUCUAGACAUCAACCUCUUGAUUCAUGUCCUACACCUACUACAUCGUCAUCAGAUCAAGUCCCGAGCAAUGAUCUUCCUAUUGCGUUACGUAAAGGUAAACGCCAGUGUACUUAUCCUACUUCUUCUUUUGUUUUUUAUAACAACUUGUCGUCUUCCUCGUGUUCUUUUAUUGCUUCACUUGACUCUAUCUCUAUUCCUAAAAUUGUCCGUAAUGCUAUAUCUUAUCCUGGUUGGAAAGAUGCAAUAAUAGAGGAGAUGAAUGCUUUGGAUGACAAUGACACUUGGGACUUGGCUGAUCUACCUUAUGGGAAAUGGACUAUUGGAUGCAAAUGAGUAUUUGCAGUUAAGGUGAAUCCAGAUGGAUCGGUUGCCAGAUUAAAAGCACAUCUUGUUGCUAAAGGUUAUGCUUAAACCUAUGGUGUGAAUUAUUCUGACACUUUUUCUCCUGUCACAAAGUUGACAUAUGUUCGAUUGCUUAUUUCAAUGGCUGCUACUCAUAAUUAGCUUUUACAUCAACUUGAUAUCAAGAAUGCUUUUCUUUAUAGUGAUCUUCAAGAGGAGGUGUAUAUGGAGCAACCUCUUAGGUUUGUUGCUCUAGGAGAGUUGGGGAAAGCUUGUCGUCUUUGGAAAGCUUUGUAUGGUUUAAAACAAAGUCCUCGUGUUUGGUUUGGAAAAUUUAGUUAGGUUGUUGAAAAAUUUGGUAUGAUGAAGAGCACGUCUGGCCAUUCUGUGUUCUAUAAACAGUCAGUAGCUUAUAUCAUUCUAUUAGUUGUGUAUGUGGAAGAUAUUGUUAUCACUGGAAGUGAUACUACAAGAAUCUCAUAUCUUAAAUCUUUCAUUCAUACUAAAUUUCAUACGAAAGACUUGGUGAUGAAGUAUUUCUUAGGUGUUGAGAUUAUGAGGAGUAAAAAAGGUAUAUUCCUAUCUUAGAGAAAUUAUGUUCUUGACUUAUUAAUUGGGACAUGAAAAUUGGGGGCAAAGCCUUGUAGUGCUCCAAUGACGCAGAAUAUGUAUCUCACAAGAGAAGGGGAACUAUUUGAACAUCUUGAAAGAUAUCAAAGGUUGGUUGGGAAGUUGAAUUACCUUACCGUAACUCGUUUGGAUAUUGCAUAUUCAGUUAGUGUUGUCAGUCAGUUUAUGUCAUCUCCAACCAUUCAUCAUUUGGCAGCGUUAGAAUAAAUUUUGUGUUACUUGAAGGGAGCAUCCGGAUGAGGUAUCGUAUAUAAAAAUCAUGGACACUCACAUAUUGAAUGUUUUUCAGAUGCAGAUUGGGCAUGUUCCAAAAUGGAUAGAAGAUCUCCUUCAGGUUAUUGUAUCUUUGUUGGAGGAAAUUUAGUCUCAUUGAAGAGUAAGAAGCAAAAUAUUGUAUCACAAUCUAGUACAGAGUCAGAAUACAGGGCUAUGUCAUAGUCUGUGUAUGAGAUAAUAUAGAUAUUUCAGUACCAGUAAAAUUGUGUUGUGAUAAUCAAGCUGCUCUUCAUAUUGCAUCGAAUCCUGUGUUUUAUGAGCGAACUAAGCACGUUGAAAUUGAUUGUCAAUUUAUUUGUGAGAAAAUUUAACAAAAUUUGAUCUCUACAGGAUAUGUGAAGACUGAAGAACAAUUCGGGGACUUAUUCAUAAAAGCUUUAAGUGGGGUUCGAGUUGAUUAUCUUUGUAAUAAGUUGGGUAUGAUUAAUAUCUAUAUUCCAACUUGAAGGGGAGUAUUAUAUAUAAUAGUUACCAUAUUUGUAUAUACUAUUUGUUGCCAUAUUAUCUAUAUAUAUUAGGUAAUAUAUAUAGGUGAAUUAGAUAAAUUUAUUAAUUAGUCUAAUUAUAGUUUCCUAAGAUAGAUGGUAGUUUAUGUAUAAAUAUACCUACUCUUUAAUAAAGAAAAUCAUCUUUUCUCAAAAUCAUCAUGGGGGAUGGUGGGUGAAAGGAAAAAGAAUCCCUCGUGACGAGGUCAAGUAGAUGAACUCCAGCUUGAUGUGGGUUGGUGAGAUCAAGUACAUGAGGUUGAGUAGACAAAGUUGGCAAAGAAGAUGUAUUAAUGGGGGUUGGCAAAGUGAAGACUCGGCGAGAGUGGCGACAAGUAGGCUUGGUGGGGACUGCCAAUGGUAGAGUCUUAGUAGGGGUUGAAGAUGAUGGAGGCUCAAUAAUGGUCAAAGAUUAGCAGGUGUGGGUGUAGGGACAUGCAAUCUGCAGAGAAGGCGUGAUUGAUGGUUAAAAUUGCCUAUUGGCGCUCAAUCCCUUCUCUUCCAUCAAACAAGUAGAUAACAGUAGAUCCUCUCCUUUCCCUCCAUCCUGUUCUUUACUCCUACUUCCCUUUAGCUUCCCCUCCUUAGAGUACACAGAAUGUAAGGAGAAAAUUCCUUGUUGGAUCUGGGUUAUGCUGUAAAUAUGACCAGUUUUGUAUAAUAUCGCAUGUCUCCAAAGAGACUCCAAUUUUGUAUAAUAACAUCUAUUGAUUGUGGUUUUAUAACAGUCCCAGUAGUUGCCUUUUAAAUUUUCAGGAGUGUUUACAUUACUCUACUGUUGUAUAUUUACAAUUUAUAUCUUUGAUGGUUUGAAUUAAUUGAAAAUGCUAGAAAUGAAAUUCAAAAUUAUACUAGAGAAGUUAUGCUAGAUAGUACGAACGACCAAUAAAUGUUUUAGUUAACAAAUACGCACAUUAAACAAGGAAGAGGAAAAUCAAAGAAGACUUUGUUAGAAAAUAUAAAACAAGAUAACAUUUAUUUUAAUAUAGAUGACGAUAUAAUAGGGGAUAGAGUCCAAUGACGUAGAAGGAUCCAUAUAGCUUACUCCACCUAGUAGAUUAAGACUUGGUUGUGGUUGUAUACUAGAAAAGUUAUUUGAAAUACAAUCUUUACCAUACAUUGUUAUCUUCUAUGCAAUCCUCUUAACUCAUCUAAAUGCCAGUCUUAACAUAUAUGAAGCAGGUAGCUUAAAACAGUCAAUAAAGAGGUUGAUUAUAACUGACAUCAGAACUUUGUGCAAUCAUGGAGCAAGGGAGAUCUCAUGAUUAUAGGAACCACGGUGGAAACUAUAUUUUGUUAAGAGAUGAAGAUCCUCGACUGACAAAGUUUGACAAGCGUCUUCCAUGCUUUGGCUGUGGUAUAGGGUGGUCCUGUUUGCUUUUGGGAUUUUUGUGCCCAUUGAUAUGGUACUGUGCUGCAAUUUUCUAUCUGUGCAAAUACUACGACAAGGAUCCACGUGAGCGAAGUGGGCUAGCUGCUUGUGCAAUAGCUGCAUUGGUCUGUACAAUUCUAGCCUUCAUCGUGGUAGCUGUAUUCUUCUUCUAGUCGAUCUCCAAUUUUCGAUCAAAUUUGGGCUGCAUUACCCCCAUGGAGUCACCUGAAUGGGAAGAUAAAGGCACUGCCAAUCUACGAGUUUGCCCAUCAUUCAACAUAUGUUCAUUUCUUUCAUUCUAUAUACUCAUGUUGUAUCAUUGUAGGAAACUGCAUUUACAUAUGUAUGUGUGUGUUUUUGCAUUGUAUCAAUACCGACAUUUUGAACUGAGGCAAACAAGAAAUUGCAGCCAUGGUUCUAUUACUGGCUUGUAUUCUAUGUACCAAUGUUCUCUGUGGAAGAUGAACAAUCUUUUCCGGUUUAACCUUUAAAUGAUGCUCAGUGCUCAGUUCUAGUA